UUAACACCAAGGCCUGUUAUUUGAUCUCCUUUCACGUCCAGCAAUUGUAGAUCUUGAACAAUUCCCUCUUUGCAGGAGAGCAACUCUUCUAUUGACUUUCUUCUCUUUCUCAGUCAAGCUCGAGCAGGCCACAAGAGCAGAACAAUGGGAAGCCUACCACAGCUUCUCAGUGAGGACGAGGCUCGACACAACCUACAGGUUUUCACUAAGUCUGCCAUGAUUUCAAAAGCUCGCAGCUACAUCCGCUCAUCUCAACCCCUGUCAGUAGUGAUAGAAGUACCGACAAAUAAUGACAUUGUUGCACCUGGGGCCGAAGUUGUGAAUGGUCCUGAUGACACUGCGUCGUCACAGCUGGAGUUCUACAGAAACCCCAAGUACCACACUGACGUCCUUGCCACCUUUAUUGCCACAGCGAUGUCUAUUGCUAAAUAUGUUCCACUACUGACGGAGCUUACAGACCAGGCCAACAAACAAUCGGAGGAUUUUGCCAAAUUCCUCCAGAUCCUGGUGUCCACUUUCCCGCAGUAUGUUAAGUUUGCAGGAGCAAGCAGCAUCGCCAUCGAGAACAAGUCAAGUUAUAAUCAGUUACUGUCAACGGUGCAUGACUUCAUACAGGAGACUGCUAUUGACCCGUCUAAAGCUGGUGCGGGCGUGAUCCAAAUGAUCAAGAAUGCAACCCAUGCCAUGGAUUCUACAGUAGAAGGCAGCUACAGGCGUUCACUCUAUACUUCAUAUUCUUUCCAGGGCCGUGCUCGCAAUCCCCAAACGACAAUGUACUGGAGUAGUGUCAACUUGGAGAGGAACCGCAGCGGCAAGACUACGUGUGUGUCUGCUGAGCUGAAGAUCGUCCGCUUUACCGUUGAGGUCAUCAGUAAUUCCGUGAUUGCUGAUGCUCAUAUCCUGGCAGAGGCAAAGGGCCGGGCAGCCCAGGAGAUUGCGGAUAUCAUAAAUGGACAUAUAAAUCCGUCCAAGGACAAUCAUUAGAGAGCUCUGUUGGGGCCGUAAGCCAAAUGAUAAUGAAUGGAAAUUUGCUCUAAGUAUAUAGGUAUAUGGGAAGUAUGUAAAAGGAAAAUUGGUAAUAAAAAAGUCCAUAAAUAUUAUUAGA